CCGAUAAAAACGAUAGGGACCUUCUUCACCCUAGUCUUUGCGGACAGAGAGAAGAGAAGAAAGCGCCUCCGUCCUGUCUCUGAACACAGCAGAAAACCCUGCUUUUUGCGCGUAGAGAGAAGAGACCAUAUCCGCCUCCGCUCUGGUUCUGAACACAGAAAAUCCUGCUCUUUGCGCACAGAGAGGAGCUACUCCUCCGCCCAUAUGGUUACUUCGUCGGCUUUCUUCACCAAAAUUUCAGAUAAAAAAUCUGUUAGAGAAGCGAAAGCCCGCAAAAGAGAGCAGGUGAAAUUGAAGAAGAGGAAAUUGGAUGAUAAUGAAAAUCUCGUCGAAUCACCUUCCCAUGAUCAGAUAUGUGCUGAAGGGGAUGAGCCAAAUAAAGUGGAAAGAGAGAAAGGAAAGGACAAAUUAACGAAGAAGAAGAAGAGAAAAAAGGAGAAGAGAAGUAAAUCUCAUGCUGCGAAAAGUUACGAAGAUGAGAACAACUCUGCAAAUCCAAAAUGUACUGGGGAGGGGGACUCUAGUUGUACACCAGAUUCGUGUCAAACUGAGACUCAAAACAAGAUAACGAACAACACCAAAGCACCUAAGGAAGCUAAUAUGGGAAUUGAUAUCAAAACUUCUGAUAGAUCCAAGAAAUCAUCGAAAGAUAAAAAGAUAGACCAACUUUCAUCUAAGAAGAGUAGAAAGUUAAAGGGAAAGACAGAUACGGUUGACCCAGAUGAAGUUUAUUACAUCUCUUCAGAGGAUGAGGACUGCUCAAAAGGAAUGAAAAAGUGGAUAAUGGAAUACCAUCAAAGUAGACCAGGAUUGAAGAUACUGCAACAAAGAAUUGAUGAGUUCACAACUGCCCACGAGGCACAAGAGGAACAGGCAAGAAAAGAGAGAGAAGCUCAAGCUGCAGAAGGAGGGUGGACAGUUGUGGUACAUCAUAAAGGUAGGAAAAAAACAACGGAUUCUGAAAGUGGGAUUACCGUGGGAGCUGUUGCCCAGGCUGCUGUGGUAGAUAAAAUGAGCAAAAAGAAAAGCAAAGAAGUUGGGAUAGACUUCUACAGAUUUCAGAGAAGAGAAGCCCAGAGAAAUGAGAUUAUGAUGUUGCAGAGCAAAUUUGAGCAGGACAGAAAGCGGAUACAACAGUUGAGAGCUGCAAGGAAGUUCCGGCCCUACUGAAUGAUGCAAACCCAUCAUUGAGGAUGUUGCAUCAGAAGUACACCAUUUGGACGUUCAAUGUUACAUUGUAAAAGCUGAAGAGAACUUUUCCCAUCAAAAGGGUGAGAACGUUUUUGAAAAGGAAUGCAAGGAAAUGACUCUGAAUAGAAUUUUUUAUUUUUUGCGUAUUUAAGGUGAGUAUGCUUGCUAAACACACCCCCACACCCCCCCCUCCCCCCACCCAAAAAAAAAAAAAAAAAAAAAAAAAAAAAAGAGGUUGAUUCAUACUUCACAAAUUUCUUCAUAUUGAUUUGAUCUUCUAUAUGUAUGUUGCCGCUACUCCUCCCUUGACAUUUAUUUCAAUGUGAACUUCAUUCAAAUGAAAAGGUGAACUUUUUCAUGCU